CGGCGGGGGAAAGUUGCCGGGAGCGGCGAGGGGCGAGCGCGGCGGCAGGACCAUGGGCACUUUGCGGGAUUUACAGUACGCGCUGCAGGAGAAGAUCGAGGAGCUGCGGCAGCGGGAUGCACUCAUCGACGAGCUGGAGCUGGAGUUGGACCAGAAGGACGAACUGAUCCAGAAGCUGCAGAACGAGCUGGACAAGUACCGCUCGGUGAUCCGGCCCGCCACGCAGCAGGCGCAGCAGCAAAGCGCCGGCACCUUGCAGGGCGAGCAGCGGACCAAGCGCCAGGCGAUCUCGGCCGAGCCCACCGCCUUCGACAUCCAGGAUCUCAGCCACGUCACCCUCCCCUUCUACCCCAAGAGCCCGCAGUCCAAGGAACUAAUAAAGGAAGCAAUCCUUGACAAUGACUUCAUGAAGAACCUGGAGUUGUCCCAGAUCCAGGAGAUUGUGGAUUGUAUGUACCCCGUGGAGUAUGGCAAGGACAGCUGCAUCAUCAAGGAGGGAGAUGUGGGCUCCCUGGUCUACGUCAUGGAAGAUGGGAAGGUUGAAGUGACAAAAGAGGGAGUGAAGCUCUGCACCAUGGGACCUGGCAAAGUUUUUGGGGAGUUAGCCAUCCUCUACAACUGCACCCGGACAGCUACUGUCAAAACUCUCGUAAAUGUGAAACUCUGGGCAAUUGAUCGGCAAUGUUUUCAAACAAUAAUGAUGAGGACUGGCCUCAUCAAGCAUACUGAGUAUAUGGAAUUUUUGAAAAGCGUUCCCACAUUCCAGAGCCUUCCCGAGGAGAUCCUCAGUAAGCUUGCAGAUGUCCUGGAAGAGACUCACUACGAGAGUGGAGAGUACAUCAUCCGCCAAGGGGCUCGAGGGGACACCUUCUUUAUAAUCAGCAAAGGAAAGGUGAACGUUACCCGGGAGGACUCUCCCAGUGAAGAUCCCGUCUUUCUCCGCACUCUGGGGAAGGGGGAUUGGUUUGGAGAAAAAGCCCUCCAAGGGGAGGAUGUCAGGACAGCCAAUGUCAUCGCAGCUGAAGCGGUCACUUGUCUGGUCAUAGACAGAGACUCCUUCAAGCACCUGAUCGGGGGCCUGGACGACGUCUCCAACAAAGCCUAUGAGGAUGCAGAAGCAAAAGCAAAAUACGAAGCCGAAGCUGCCUUCUUUGCCAACCUGAAACUGUCGGAUUUCAACAUCAUCGACACCCUGGGAGUCGGAGGGUUCGGGAGAGUGGAGCUGGUGCAGCUGAAGAGCGAGGAGGCCAAGACGUUCGCCAUGAAGAUCCUGAAGAAGCGGCACAUCGUGGACACGCGGCAGCAGGAGCACAUCCGCUCCGAGAAGCAGAUCAUGCAGAGCGCCCACUCCGACUUCAUCGUCAGGCUCUACAGGACGUUUAAGGACAGCAAGUACCUGUACAUGCUGAUGGAGGCCUGCCUGGGGGGAGAGCUCUGGACAAUUCUCAGGGACAGGGGUUCAUUCGAGGAUUCCACGACCAGGUUUUACACGGCAUGCGUGGUGGAAGCCUUUGCCUACUUGCAUUCCAAAGGGAUCAUUUAUAGGGACCUCAAGCCAGAGAACCUCAUUCUGGAUCACCGAGGUUACGCCAAGCUGGUCGAUUUUGGCUUUGCAAAGAAAAUAGGAUUUGGAAAGAAAACAUGGACUUUUUGUGGCACCCCGGAGUACGUAGCCCCUGAGAUCAUCCUGAACAAAGGUCACGACAUUUCGGCAGACUACUGGUCCCUGGGAAUCCUGAUGUAUGAGCUCCUGACUGGCAGUCCCCCUUUCUCAGGCCCAGACCCCAUGAAGACCUAUAACAUCAUAUUAAGGGGAAUAGACAUGAUCGAAUUUCCAAAGAAGAUUGCCAAAAAUGCUGCUAAUUUAAUUAAAAAACUAUGCAGGGACAACCCAUCAGAAAGAUUAGGGAACUUGAAAAAUGGAGUGAAAGAUAUCCAAAAGCACAAAUGGUUCGAAGGCUUUAACUGGGAAGGGCUACGGAAAGGGACACUGACACCUCCCAUAAUCCCAAGUGUCGCGUCUCCCACGGACACAAGCAACUUCGACAGCUUCCCAGAGGACAGUGACGAGCCACCCCCUGACGACAACUCAGGAUGGGACAUAGAUUUUUAAUGUUAUUUCUCUUACCUGCUUCUGCCUUGCUGAGGACAGCUUUUCCUGGGACGUGGCUGCCAGCGGAACGGGAAGACCGGAAUUGGGGAGGAUUCGUGCUCGGGGUCACCAUGAUGCCUUGACUGAUGCUGCUCCAGUAACUCCAGUGGCAUUAGGACUUCUUGCUUAGUGACAAUAGUGCUCUCCAUGUUUUCUGUUGGAACGUGACCUGGCGUGGGCACGGUGGUCCUGACACAGAGCCUUUCUCCGGCACAGAGCUCCUCUUCUGUCGCCACAGAGGUCCUGGCACACUCUUGAUUAGCAGAGUGAGAGAUCCGUAGAGUAAGAGGCACUUAAUUCCAGCUGCUUUUUUCCGUAGGAUCAGUAGUAACUUAUGAAGUGCUGCAGCGACUCCAGUGCAGGAUUUGGGCUAUUCCCACCCUCCGAGCUCGGCAGGGCAGCGCCAGAGCCCAGGAGGAGCGCGGGAAAAGCACUCCUGUCAAAGCAAGUGGGGAAUGUGUCCUGUUCCUUUCCUAGCACUAUUCCCAACGAGACUGAAUGUUCCCUUUCCUCUUUCUUUUGGAAACAUUUUGGCUCAGCCUGGUCAAACAAAAGCACAACUGCUGCAGAUGCUGUCAAGGCAGAGUUGGGUGGCUUCCCUCACGUGGCAGCACCACCUGGGCUUCAGUUCUCCUUUCCCUUGGUGCCAACACAUGCAUGGAAAGAGAAAAUCAUGGAAUGAAUCCAUUGUACAUCUAUUGAUCCAGUUCACAUCUAUUGAUCCAUUUCACAGCGCUCCAGUCACGGUCCUGAACAAAGCAACAGCAGCCCACCAGUCUGAUUAGGGAUAAAAUUAAGGAUAACUUGGACCUAUUUAGGCCCAAAGGGAAAAACAUGAGACCUGUGAUGUCCUUUUGAGAUGCUACAUCCAUCCCUCACCUGGGAAGAAACCUGUCCCUGACCCAUCCUGUCAGGAAUAUGUAGCAGAGGCUCCGUUCUCCCUUUUGGUGAUUCCAUGUCUCCAUGCCUGCAUCUCAUUAAAACAGAAAUCCUGGGCCAGUCUGCUGGCUCUGAUGGAACGUUGCCAGUAAUCCUGAUGCCUCUCCAGGCUGAGGAGCUCCACAGGAGAGUCAGUGGGAUUCAAUGGGAAAUGGAUGGUGGAAGAUCCCUGUGAGGUCUCCAGCGUGCCGGGUCCACGUGAUUGUGUUUAACGCAAGGAUGGCCAAAUCCAUGUGGAAAAAAGAACUGGGGAAAACAAUCUUAUCAGGAUAUGCUUUUCCCUCACUUUUACUGUUUUUCCUUUGCUUGAGUUCCCUCCUCUGGUUUAUAGGAUGCAGCAGAGGAAUCCUGUCCUGGGUGCCCAUUUGUUCCAUACACACAGGACUAAAAGUUUAUCCCAUUAUCCAACAGGAAACAUCAGCUUUUGGUCUCUCUGGGAGACCUUGCCCCAAAAAAUCACAGAAUCAUGGAAUGAUGGAAUGGUUUGGGUUGGAAGGGACCUUAAAGGUCCUCUCAAUCCAGCCCCUGCCGUGGGUGAGCGGGUGCUGCCUCCUUUGAUCUCAGCUGCCAGGAGCUGACCAGGGGAAGAUCAAGUCUUGCUGACAAGGACUUUUCCCACAUAUUAUAUGGAAAAGUUCCAUUUGAACAGCAAAAAAAUUCCUUCCCUGGUGCUAAGUCCCGACUCUUUUGCGUGUGUUUCAUUAAAGUAUGCAACCAAAAGGGCGUGCUGACAGCGUGGGCCGUGUCUGCAGUUUAACAUGAGCUGGGUGGCGUGACACCUUUGGAACCAGCCAGCGGCUCUGGAAUUCCCUCUGUUCUCCAAAGGGCCACAGCCACUUCUGCUGUUCUUUAACCAUUAAAACUUCAUUUGCCUUCAAAAUCACAGGGAAAAGGCAGCACCUGCUGGCUUCUCCACCUUUCUCCAAGGGAUGGACAGCGCUGAGAGCCAAGGCUGAGCAUGAGGGCUAAAACAUUCACCAGGCAUCUUAAACAGGCCUAACAGCCAAAUGCUUCCCUCACAUCCCCCUGGAUUUGCACUCCAGGGGAAAGCUUUCUGUAGGAGUUUGUCCCAGGAUGGUGGCACCUGAUGCAGUCGGCAGGCGAGGAGGAGAAAGCACCACAAGGAUUUGGGGAUCGGCCUGAAAACGUGACAGGAAGGAGAGUCUAGAAUGGGCUCUAGAGGAGUUUGGUUUCUUUUUCCUGUCCCUUUCUUCCUGGUGCCAGGCAUGGGAAUUGACGCCUGCAGUGUGCACUGUGCUGAAUCUGAGUUUAUUUUGAUGUCAGACUCCUCACUCGACUUCCAUGGCUUCUCCUGAGCAUUAACACUUUGCAUAUGUAUAUGAUAAGCCUUCAGUUAUAAUAAUAUAUUUAAGUUGCUUUAUAUAUAUCUCUAUAUAUCCACAACAAGGGAUUGCCUCUGUGUUUCCACCUCCUGUCCUUAUUUCUUUGUCUCCUUUCCUGAUCUAUGGGACGGCAGCGUUUUUAGGGAAGGGGGAAUCGCCUCCCAUGUUCCCAGAGGGGGCUUUGAUUGGUGUUGUGGCUUCUCCUCUGGAGCUGCAUUGCCCACAGCAAACUCUUCUUCAACAACAGGACCACGAGCAGAUAUUUCUGUAAAUAGGUAUUUUCGUGUCGAUGUUUUGUGGGUCACACAGAACUUUGGUUUUUUUCCAGAUCCAUGGCAUUAUUCCUUCAUUUCCUUAUUUGUAAUGUAAUGUUUUGAGGUCGAGGUAGACUUGAAUUAAUGUCAUGUUUGUCAGUAUGAUUAAACUUCCUGUCAGCUGUCCUGUUCACCCACCUGUCCCAUAGUUCUAGAACGUCACUGGCUAUCUGGCAUUGUUGCAAGUGCCUUAAAUCCAUGGCAUCUUAUUAAAAAAAAAAAAAAAAAGAAGACAAAUUUGGUGUUAUGCUGCAUGACAGAGACAAACACACCUCAAACUGUCGUCCUUUCUUAGCUUGCUGCGUUUUACAGUUCUUUCUGCUACCGAUUUCUAAGCCUUUAUUAUCUGAUCUUGAUGAAUUACAGAAAUGAUGACGUCGUUCUCUGAUUUCUGUUCAAUGUACCAGAGCUGUGUAUCUGUUAAUGAGAUACAGAGUCAUUUCUGUGAAAUGUAUAAAUGUGAUGUGCGGGUCAAAUUAAUCUCUGACAUCCUAGCAGUCCGUAGACAGGUAUUCCUGUUUUGCUAAGCUCUGCAGAUCCCACCCAUCCAUGCUGUCCCACACAUCCCCCCCAACUUGGGAAUCUCCCACCUGGGAAAAAUCCACCCCGCCGGCGUUUUUCCGACCUAAAACCCCGGUGCAAAGACGAGGCUCAUUUGCACCGCUCCACCAAACAGGAUCUGUUCUUUCCCCUGCCCCGUUCCCUGCAUCCACGGGGACGAGCCCUGGAAGCUCCUCCGCGCCUCCCCAGCCCUGACACCGAGACUUGGGCGCUUUUAGGGCUUUCUCCGAAAAAGGGGAAAUUCCCAUUUGGAGUUGCCCCUCCUCCCGAGUCCAGAUUUACGCUGGUUUUACCCCAGCCCUUUGUUUUGUUCUCUGAUUUUCUCUCCUUCCAUGGCCGAGGUUUCGUUUGUCGGGCAGAUGUCAGUCACGCCCCGGCCAUCGGCCGCUUGCACUCUUUGGAUGUUGACUGAGGAACUUUGGGUUUGUUUUUUUCUUUCAUAAAACUUCCAUGGCUUUUGUUUCGCUCUGUACUCCCCCUGCAGCUGUUAUUGCCGAGUGCCUGUUGUAUACUUUAUAGAGUUGAAAUAAAAAUAAUUACUUUUGAACGGC